ACAAACUGCGUCACGCGCCGUUCCACUUGCCAUUUACCUACCACAGCAAUCCACGUGUCACUCCAUCAACCUCGGUGACACGGGCUGUAUCCCCGUUUGCGUACCGUUAUCAUCAGCUCGCCCACUAUUUCCUUUAAUAUCAGUUCUCCGGCUGCAAACUUCUCUACUCUUAUUUUUCACCAUUGCAGCUUCUUUAUUUUUCACCAUGGCAGCUUCUCACUCCUUUCCAUCUACCACCGUCUAACGCCCAAAAACAAGCCUGACACUAAUUUCUGUUAAUCUCGAAUUCUUCAAUACUUUGAUUUUUUUUCUAUUCUUGGUGAAUCGAUGAGUCGUGACUCAGCUACCUCUCUAGCUCCUGGGUUCCGGUUCCACCCGACCGAUGAGGAACUUGUUCGUUACUAUCUAAAACGCAAAGUCUUGAACAAGCCUUCCUUUGAUGCGAUCUCUGUUAUCGAUAUCUAUAGAUCCGAGCCUUGGGAUCUCCCUGAUAAGUCAAAGCUGAAGAGCAGGGACUUGGAGUGGUACUUCUUCAGUGCACUGGAUAAGAAAUAUGGGAAUGGGUGGAGAACCAAUAGGGCAACUGAGAGAGGCUACUGGAAGACAACUGGCAAGGACCGUCCAAUUCGCUACAAGGAAAGGGUGGUUGGCAUGAAGAAAACCCUUGUUUAUCAUGAGGGCCGUGCCCCACGUGGUGAAAGGACUAACUGGGUAAUGCACGAGUACCGCCUUACUGAUGAGGCAUUGGAGAAAGCUGGAAUUCAACAGGAUGCUUUUGUAUUGUGUAGGGUGUUUCAGAAGAGCGGAUCUGGCCCAAAGAAUGGGGAGCAGUAUGGGGCACCCUUUAUUGAAGAGGAAUGGGAAGAUGACGAGGCAGUUUUUGUGCCUGGUCAACUUGCUGCUGCAGUCUAUGAAGAGGUUGCCAAUGAUGAUACUUUUGUUGAAGUGAAUGAUAUUGAUCAGAAUCUUGAUACUGGCAAUCCAUCUGAAAAUGCUAACCUUCCAUUGAACUUCUAUCAUGGGGAAUCAAGCAACCAUGUUGAAUAUUCAGGGGAGUUCAUUGAAGACAAUCAAAAGCCACUGGGCAAUAUGUCCGAGAAUGCAAUCCUACCAUCCAACUUCUAUUAUGGAGAAUCAAGCAACCAUGCUGAACAUUCAAUGGAGUUCAGUGAAGAUUAUCAGAAUUCUACUUGCAUGCAUGCCACCGAAACUGAUUCAAGGCCAUAUCAUGAGCUUGUGGUCUCUGAUUUCCCUGAGACAAAUGAGAUAGCCACAAAUGUAAAACCAGUUAAGGAUGAAUAUGUGCUUGAAUCAAUAGAAAACUUCAAUGCUGCCAACAAUAACUAUUUGUUCGAACAGCCUUGCCUGGAUGUUAAUGAUUAUCUUCCAACCAAUGAUGGUUUUUUCCUGGAAGCUAAUGAUCUUUCAAACCCCAUUGACCCAGAAUCUGAACUUUUUAACCUUGAUGAGUAUCUCACAUUUGCUGAUGCUGAGGACCAGCCUCUAAUUUUUGAUUCUGAUCAAAUGGUGGGAAGUGCGAUCCCUGUUUCUGGCCAAGGACCUCUUGCCCAAACGCAUUCAAAUGGAGGAACUGAACAAGUGUCUAAUGCAAGUGAUGCAUCCUCUUCAAAGCAAGAGCUGGAGGCCUCAAAAUUUGAACCUGGUAGCAAGUAUCCAUUUAUGAAACAGGCCAGUCGCAUGUUGGGUAGCUUUCCUGCUCCUCCUGCAUUUGCCUCUGAGUUCCCUUCAAAAGAUGCAGCUCUCAAGCUAAAUUCUGUGGCACAUGCUUCCAGUUCUGCUCAUGUUAUGGCUGGCAUGAUAAGAGUAACAAACAUGACUUCAUCUGGCAAUCAGUUGAACUGGUCAUAUGACAAAAAUGGAAAUAUCAGCUUUGUUCUUUCUUUUAGCUUGCCACGAGGUGAUAUUAACUCUUCCAGUUUUCUACCAAUGGCUAACCUACUCUCGGGCAAGUCGGCAUCUGUUGUGUCCAGAGGGUGGAUCUUCUUGAUGUUAUUUUGGGUCCUAAUUAUAUCUGUGAGUUUGAAGUUUGGGGCCUGUAUCUAUACAAGGUAACACAUGCUCAGUAGGGUUGGCUAUGAUUCACCCAACACAUCAAUUGGUUACAAAUGUUGGGUGGUAGGAUAGAAGGAUGGUUAUGGUUCAUCAUUUAUUUUCUUGUUUUAUGAUGAUUGCCAAAAUGAUAACGUAUACCUUUAUUAUUUCAUUAUAGUCCAUAAGAAUUGCUCACUUUAUAUAGUUGUAAGGUAAUACAUCAUAUAGGGACAAAACUCUGGGUUUGUAAGCUAUAUCAUACAGCAAUUGCUUGGUUGCUUCUUUUCCUAAAUA